AUGCCGAGUCCCAAAGUCGAUUGCUCGCAAUGGACGGAACUGAAUGACUUCAGUAGUUACAUCCGCCUUCUCGGGUCCAAGACCCAAUACAAGAAGGAUAGUUUGGAAGUUGUCAUCGGUCAUGUUCUUGAAAUUACAUUCAGCGUCUCCUUAUCUCUUGCAAUCAUUGCACUCAAGCAAAGCGAAAAGACCAGCCAGUGGCACCGUAUCGUAAAAACCGGUCUGGUGGCUUUCGUUGACUCAGCCGCAUAUUUUGCACUCUCGCUGCAGCUUGCAACAAUCGCGGUGCUUAUCCGCAAAGAUUACGGCGUUAGUACCGCAGAUCUGGGCGCUAUCGAAGCUCGCAUCUCUCAAUCUGUGGCUGUGGUGAGCAUGAUGCCACUUCUAUACCCUAUCGCUCUCCUGGAGCCAUUGACAAAAACGUGCCCAAGGGACAACGUAAAGCACAAUUCCAGGUUACUGUUGCUUAGUGCAACAGUGGCCUUGUCAUUCUACCCAUUCCUAUCGAGAUGUAUAUAUGCUUUCAGCGUCAGUCCGAUCGGUAAUAGCGAAGGGUCAGAAGUAUCGUCAAUCGACUGGAGCACUAUCGAAGAUAUGUGCUUCCCCCAAAAGUACAGGCACCUGGGAGAGACUAUGACUUAUCGGUCCUUGAACGGGUUGGAACUUACUGCCUCACUACUUGUAUACUUGCUUUCGUUCUGGCUCCUCGCUGGUCUUCCCAAAAUGCACUCCCGUCUGAUAGAGAAGACAAUAGUUGGUCAAGGAAUAGUUGGUCAAGGAUCAGAGGCUGAGCCUUCUUGGCGGGAACGGGUCAAUAGGUGGUUUAGUGACAGGCCAGUCGUUGCCGUGGUACCUCUCUUUGUGCUUGUUGGCUUGUCUGUACCGUUACUGUGGGUGAUCUUCACUCUGAGGAAAGUUCAAGAGGAGAUGUCUGAGAGUAUGCGACAGGAAUACGCCGGAAAUGAAUGGGGGUUUGGACAAAUUGUUUCUAUUGUUUUGUUCAUCCCUGUUGCAGUUGAGAUGGCAUACCAAUGGAGGUUCGGGCUAGCAUAUGAGCAGUAA